AUGCCUCCCGUGCUCAAGCAGACGACCAGGCAGGCAAAAGCUGCGUUCAACGCUCGAGGCCGACCAUCGCUCACGAAAAAGGAGCGGAGGCAGCUGGAACGGUCGAUUGAGCUCGAGCAGCGCGCCGAGAAGAUCAAGGAAGCGGAAAAGCGGCGGAAUGAGGCCACAAAGAGGAGAGCAGCGCGGGAGAGUCGAGAGAAGCUUGGUCAGGCCAACUCUGCUCAAUUGGGAAGCCAGCGGCGAUGCGACCGCUUUGGAUACAAGAGUAGUCAAUUCCACCUGGGCGCCUUCUUCGGCACAAAACCAGCGGCGAAUCAGGCUGAAAUGCACCAGCAGGGCGAAAUAAAACCAUUGACAGAGUCAGAUGACGAUGUCUUUGAAGACGAAGAUCUGGAUGACGAUAGUCUGCUCGAGGCUCUCAGCGCUCCAGCAAUAUUGCAAAUGCAAGCGCCUCGUCCCUUGACGGGAGGUGCCGAUACCUCAAAGACAGCAACAUCGCUCAUGCCACCCCCUCCUUUGCCCGCGAAAUGCGACCAGGCCCAGCCGGAUCGCUUCCUCGACGCUCGCGCGCAUCUCGACAUGCAGGACUUCUUCGAUGAACUUGACAGCAGCACGCAGAUUGCGAGGGAAUUGGACGAUCAUGACACGCAAAGCGUAUUGCCAGAGCCAAAAUCGAACGCUAGGAGUGGCUCUUUCAGCUCUGGCAGUCUCGACUUGACGGUCGACGACUUGGAAGCUCUGGACCCACCAAAGUCGGCCACUGUUCCACUGCCCCUUCCCGUGCUCAAGAUGCAGCAUGUCAUGGCACCGCCAGCCGUACCCGUCAGUCAGCAGAGGAAACACGUCUGGCAUGCAGCAACCGUGGCUGUGCCGCGCAAGACGUUGACUCCUGUGGAACAACAGAGAGCGAUUCACGGACGCUUCCUGCCGGCAUCUUCACUUUACUGUUCAACAGACCUUGGCUUCACGGCAACCCAGCUCGAGUCAUUCAUUGAUGAUGACAUUCAGCUAACACAAAUGGCUACCUGA